UCGUUCAAGUUGACUCUAAGCAACUUCUACAUUCCCUACAUUCCUCUCCGUUACAGCAAAAAAGACAAAAAAAAAAAAAAAAAAAAGAAAGGAAGGAAAAGCUUUGAAAUCGAAGGGUUUGGGAACAGACUUUGAGGUAUAAUAAAAAGGAAUAUGUUGGCGAGAAGGUUGGUUUCUUUCUUCAAGAGUUCUCCAUCUUCAAAAGUUUCCAGCACUGGAAAUUCUAUGAAUGAAGAGAAGAGAAAGUCAUUUGCUGGUAAAGCAGUGUCUUUUGUCCUGAUUACUGUAACGGGUGGUGUUGCCUUGAGUGCGCUUGAUGACCUUGCUAUCUACCAUGGUUGUUCCAGCAAGGCCAUGGAGAAAGCCAGUAAGAAUCAGGCAAUUAUAGAUGCUAUUGGGGAACCAAUUAAGAAGGGACCAUGGUACAAUGCAUCUCUUGCAGUAGCUCACAAGAGGCGUUCUGUAUCUUGCACAUUUCCCGUGUCUGGACCACAAGGCUCUGGAGUAUUACAAUUGAAGGCAGUUCGUAAUGGAGGUUCUUUUACAGAUGAUAAUUGGUAUUCCUAUGUCCUGCCUCGAGACUGGGAAAUCCUAAUAAUGGAAGCACUCCUUCAUGUUCCUGGGAAUGAAGAGAAGCGGCAGACAACACGAAUUAGUCUCUUAGAAAAUGUCCCUCCUCCAUCUCGCAUAGCAUGCACUGAAUGCAGGCCUCAGCAAUCUGAGAAUACAUACUCAAGGAAGUGAUGGGUCUUUUCUUUCCUCUGGAGUUCCAACUCUGCUCAUAUUAGUUUUAGUUAUGAGAUAAGUAAGACAGAACCCCACAUCUGAUGUAUCCUUGAAAAGAAUAAAUUUUGUGAAAAUUUUGUAAUCUUUUGUUAGCUUAAAAUAUGGUAAAAGACCAAUUGAUUUUUCAUUUUUAGGCAGAUAGAAUUCAAAUAACUUUCUUUCAGAGGGAUUAAUUUGUUUGUUGAAGUUGCAGUGCCAGGGUGACACAUUGUUCAAACUUCAAAGUAAAAUUGCAAUAU